AUGCGAGUUGAAGGAAUCAACCGCAGCGUAAGAGACGCAAAAACUCAGGCCGCUGCCAGGAAUCAGGAUGCAUUCGGAAUCAUGAUGAUAUCCCAUGGGGAAGAUUUUGGAGAUGAUUCUGCUUUCGGGACGUCACUGGUAAAGGCCAUCGCAAAGUUGCCACCCUGCAGGAAGCGUACGCCCAUCACCUCUCGCCAGAACUUCAUUCAUGAUAUCAAGGAUUAUGAACACCAGCGGAAGAAACCUGGUAGGAGUCGGACUCGGAGAACGGUCAAAAGGCAGCAUGAAAGAGAGAGGCAGGAGGCGGAGGAUGGGAUGAGCUCCAACGGAAGCUGCCCGCGCUACGAAGAAAAUUGCGACGACGUGGACUCUCGCAUGCAGGUUAUUCAAGAAAACGAGACAACGAAGUUUUUGAAUCUCGAGCUCAAUUUCACCAAGCAGUACAUACUACAAAGUGUUGGAGGGUGUGAAAGCGAACUGAUAUUCAGAUCCACUCUGGCGCAGUUCGAGACUCAACACAAGAGCGUUCAUCCUCAUGUCUUUUCACGCAUCAUCGAAGAUGGUAAAUUGCAUUCCGUGCGCUCCACGCGGUCUAGGAUGUCCAAUGCGUCUGGCGCAGUAGCUUCCUCCGACGGUUCUGUUGAGGGUCAUUCGCCCUCCUUCCCUACCCGCCGGGUAGCCGGACGCAGGCAAUAA